GGCAAAUCACAUUACAAUGUGUCCCCAUCAAGUUAUUUCCCGUACCAAUUAAACAGUGGAAGCCUCGAGAAAAAUAGAUCAAUUCCAUUGCCAAAUCCUAGUUUGAAAUGGCCCAACUUACAUUCCUGCCUUGUGUCUUCCUUCUCCUGUUCAUAACAUGUUCCAAGCCAAUCUUCCAGGUUGCUGCUGAGAGAUCUUUGCAACAAAGGCGUUGGUAUCCAACAGACACUCCUUCAGGGGUUAACACAUGUCCAGUGUCCGCUGAUCGAUGUGGUGCCGAAUGUGAUCGUCGAUGCUCAGCAACAUCCCACAAGGGAAAUUGUUUGGACGGAUGCAACAAGUGUUGUAACACAUGUUUGUGUGUCCCACCUGGUACUUUCGGCAAUAAGGAGUGUUGUGCCUGUUAUGAUAACUGGAAGAACAAAGAAGGCGGCCCCAAGUGCCCUUAAUUAAUUUUUUUUAAUUACUUGAUAACAAUACUUAUUAAUUGAUUUAUGAUGGAAUGUAAUAAGACUAAAACUCAU